CCCACCACUCUCCCAUCGGUGGUUGCAGACUUGCAGCGUUAGAUCCGCCUAGGCGAGAGUAGUAACCCCUACGCCACGCGCCAUGUCCGACGAAUCGCCGGCCCCCACGCCGACGGCGGCUGCCACCGCGGCAGAGGCCGAGAAGAGCCAGCCGGCCGAGCAGGCCGGCGGAGGGUGGGGCGGCUGGGGGCUCUCCAUCUUCUCCGAGAUCUCCCGCAAUGCCGUGGAGGUUGCGAAGAGCGCGAUUGCAGACAUCCAGCAACCGCCGGAGCAGGAAGCGGCACCCGGAGGCGGGGAAGAGAAGGGGAAGGAACCGGAGGGGGAGGUAGGGGAGAAGGACGAGCUCCGCAAGGCGACGCUGGAUAAGCUGGAGAACGCUAGCGAGGACUCUCUCCUGGGCCAGGGGCUCAAGGUGUUUGAUACCUCGGUGGAGAACUUCACUACCGGGACCUGGCAAGCUCUCGGGAGUGCAUGGAAGAGUGGCUCGCUGAUUGUUCAGAAAUUGGAAACUUCUGCUACAAGCCUUGCUGAAACCAUUCAGCAAGGAGAACUACCUGCCAAGGCAUCUGUAAUAGCACCAACCAUUUUAGAGACAGGGAAGUCAUUUACAGCCAAAGGAAUGGAAAUGCUUGAGCGUGUUAGUAAAGAGACAAUGGAGUUGAUAAUUGAAGAGACUGGUAUGGAACUUGAUAAAGGUACUGGCGAAGGUGACCAGCAAACAGAAGAGGAACAGUUUGAAGAAGUCUCAUUCGACAGAUGCUUCUACAUUUAUGGAGGACCUGAUCAGCUAGAAGAGCUGGAAGCACUUUCAAGCCACUAUGCAUUGCUCUUUAAUAGGAAAAAGGCAAAACUCGUUGCUGAGCAGAAAACAUAUUAUGAUGGAAAAGUCAAAGAAAUACAACAGAUAUUUACUCUUAGUACCAAGACUGAGGAAGAUGGACCAGAGUCUGACAAAGGGAAGAAGAUUGAAGCAGCUGAUACUGAUGGUGAUGCAGAAAUGAAGAAGUUAUGUGACUCAAGUGUUAGCAAGGCUGCUAAAAUGGCUGCGGGGUUCACAACUGCCUUGGGUGGGCUCUCUCCUAAUGAUAUUAUCAAACGAACUACGGAUAGGCUAGAGACCAUUCACUCAGAGGGUGUUCAUAGAUUAUCAGAGAUAUGCUGCCUUGCAGUUUCUCAGCUUGUGGUGCUUGGGAAAUCAGUUAUUUCUGCUGCUAACAAAUCGAAGAAUGAAGAUGAAAAUGAUGUGAAAAUUGAUUGGCCUGAAGAUAUCAUUUCAAAAGCAGAAAUCAUCAGGUGGAAGGCACAUUCCAUCGCUGUGGAUAUUGAAAAGGUCUCUACUAGUUUUGCCACAGGAAUCUCGGAUGUUGCUGAAGCUUAUGCCGCAGCUAUACAAAAUAGUCUCACGGACAAGCAGGGUGAUCUCCCGCAUCAGUCAGUGCAGGAGAAAGCUAAAUACAUAUCCAGCCAUCUAAAAUCAGAUCAGACUUGUGCUGUGGGCAAGUUACAAGACGCCCUCCAAUACUUAGCCUAUGUUGUUGUCUGCACCUCUAUGCCAAGUGUGUGAUUCUGGAGUGCUUGCCCACUUAUGUUAUUGUUAUUUGUUAACCAGUUCAUGUACAUUUUGUGCGUGCAGUUCUUCAGGGGUUGCCAGAAUUAGGUCCUCUAGUUUAUCAAUCUACAUUAGGGCUGUGUUUCGUUUGUUCAAGUGUCAUGAAAUCAGUAACGGGAUGUCUAGUUUGUAUUCCUUGGCACAUGACAGAUUGUUGCUCUCUACUUUUUGCUGAGAACAAUGAGAAUUACUGAUGUUUAAUACAGACGUGAAGCAAGAAGUUUACCUAAA